AGCACCCGUCUGUCCUGUCACAUCAGCCUUGGCCGCCGGGGUCAUUUACUGCUACAUUUACCACCACUUUAGCCCACAUUUCAAGAGCCCACGUACUUCUGACUAGUAUACUUUUGUUACUGGAUCUUAUUUACCACCAUGGCUGAUCCAAAAUACGCUAAUUUGCCGGGGAUCGCCUUCAAUGAACCAGACGUCUAUGAAACUGGUGAUCUACCUGAAGAUGACCAGGCUCAGUUUGAGUCGGAGGAGCUCUGCAGUGACAGUGUUGAGAGGAUUGUGGUCAAUCCCAACGCAGCCUAUGACAAGUUUAAAGACAAGCAUGUCAGCACCAAAGGGCUCGACUUUUCAGACAGAAUAAGUAAAAGCAGACGAGUGGGUUAUGAGUCUGGAGAGUUUGAAAUUCUUGGAGAAGGUAGUGGGAUCAAGGAGACGCCCCAGCAGAAAUAUCUGCGUCUGGUCAAUGAGAUCCAGGAGCUGACCAAAGAGGUGGACACCAUCCAGUCGGCCACAAAGGAAACCAAUGCAGAGGAGCGCCUCACCCCAGUGGUCCUGGCUCAGCAGGCAUCUCAGCUCAAACAGCAGCUGGUGUCUGCUCACCUCGAUACACUUCUGGGACCACAGGCACACAUCAACCUCACUGAUCCAGAUGGAGCGCUGGCAAGGUGAGCUGUGAAAAC